AUGUCUGAAGCUGUCGCCGACAUCGGUCUCAUUGGCCUCGCGGUCAUGGGCCAGAACCUCAUCCUCAACAUGAACGACAAGGGAUUCACCGUUGCCUGCUACAACCGUACCGUGUCCAAGGUUGACCACUUCCUCGCGAACGAGGCCAAGGGUACCCACAUCAUUGGAUGCCACUCGGUUGAGGAGCUCUGCAAGGUCCUCAAGCGCCCUCGCCGCGUGAUGCUUCUCGUCAAGGCCGGUGCCGCUGUUGACAGCUUCAUUGACCAGCUUCUUCCCUACCUCGAGAAGGGUGACAUCAUCAUUGACGGUGGUAACUCCCACUACCCUGACUCGAUCCGUCGCUGCAAGGAGCUCGAGGCCAAGGGCAUCAACUUUGUCGGAAUGGGUGUCUCUGGCGGUGAGGAGGGUGCCCGCAACGGUCCUUCGCUCAUGCCCGGCGGUUCCGAGGCUGCUUGGCCCCACAUCAAGGACAUCAUGCAGAAGACUGCCGCCCAGGUCGAGGGCGAGCCCUGCUGCGACUGGGUCGGUGGUACCGGCUCUGGACACUACGUCAAGAUGGUCCACAACGGUAUCGAGUACGGAGACAUGCAGCUCAUUGCCGAGGCCUACGACAUUCUCAAGCGCGGUCUCGGUCUCGACGAGGACGAGAUUGCCGACAUCUUUGCCAAGUGGGAGGAGGGUGUCCUCAAGUCGUUCCUGAUCGAGAUCACCCGCGACAUUCUCCGCUUCAAGGACACCGACGGAAAGCCCAUCGUUCCCAAGAUCCUUGACAAGGCCGGCCAGAAGGGCACCGGAAAGUGGACCGCCAUUGACGCUCUUGACCGCGGUAUUCCGGUCACCCUCAUCGGCGAGGCCGUCUUUGCCCGUUGUCUGUCCGCCCUGAAGGAUGAGCGUGUCCGCGCCUCCAAGAUCAUCUCUGGCCCCAAGCCUGAGCCCUUCCAGGGUGACAAGCAGCAGUUCAUCAACGACCUUGAGCAGGCCCUCUAUGCUUCCAAGAUCAUCUCCUACACCCAGGGCUUCAUGCUCAUGCGUCAGGCUGCCAAGGACAACGACUGGGACCUCAACAACGCUGGCAUCGCUGCCAUGUGGCGCGGUGGCUGCAUCAUCAAGUCUGUCUUCCUCAAGGACAUCACUGCCGCGUACCGCCAGAACCCCAACCUCGAGUCGCUCAUCUUUGCUCCUUUCUUCGCCAAGGCUCUCGAGCAGGCUCAGGCGGGAUGGCGCCGCGUCAACGCCCAGGCUUCGCUCUGGGGUAUCCCUAUCCCCGCCCACGGCACCGCCCUCUCGUUCUUCGACGGAUACCGCACUGCCGUUCUCCCCGCCAACCUCAUCCAGGCCCAGCGUGACUACUUCGGUGCCCACACCUUCCGCGUCAUGCCCGGUCAGGAGAACGACCACCUCAAGGACGGCGAGGACAUUCAUCUCAAGUGGACCGCCAACUCUGGUGACGUCUCGUCCUCUACCUACAACGCUUAA